GUCGCCCGCGAGAUUCGGAGUGCGACACGGCCUCGUGAUUUUACAGGUUGCGGUUCGAGCCGAACUGACGGAUACACACGUAUCACAUAAGUUUAUACUUAGCAAACAGGGACCAGAGCCGGCGAGAAGUCAACACUUUCGCCGAAAGUAUUGAAAGCUUUUUCGAUUCGUCCGAUCGAGACAGACGUUGAUUAGAAUCUAAGAGCCGUUGCCCGGUCUUUACGACGUCAUUUUAUCGGAUCAGGGUGGAUCGAACCACGUGCUUAGAUAUUCUAAACGAAACGGAAGAAAUUGGAGGGCGGGAGGGAGAGACGAAGAGUAAUAAGGGAGGAAAAAGGGGCGAAGGUGGGAGGGUGAAGGAUCCGCGAUUUCGGGAUCGAUCGGCCGAGUGUCUCAGUGGGUGUUGAAGAGUUGGUGCAGGGUGUUGAUAAACCGUUAAAUAAAUGCAGUUAUCAAGUGCGGCGGGUGGAUAGUUCGCGCAGUCGCGGUUGCCGCCGAUUUUAAAACGAGGAUGAGGGUGAACCAGUGUCGCCAGUGAUUUCACGCGAGGUGUAAGAUAAAACGUACGUUAUACUGACCAAGGAUGCUCGACACCUGCCGGACAGAGUCCGAUUAACCUAGCGACGACAUUAACGAGACCGUUGCGAACAGCAGACUCGUCGGGACGAUGACACCGAGAAUAAUCCUCCCCCUCCUUACGGGGAUCGCGGUCCUCGCGACUUGUCUGGAGGGCAGGUAUCACCUCGAGGCAACGGGGCUGAGGCACCACAGACACGACCGGCACCACAAGGUCCGGGACCAGGAGCUGGUGCUCGGAGGAUCGCGGCGGCGAGCCUGGGAGGAAGACGAGGAUGAGGAUCGUUACGUGCCUCGGGAGAGGCACGAGCCACUCCAAAGGCGGUGGCGAAAUCGCGCGGAGGACAGGCGAGUCCGCUACUUCCGGGGCGAUUCGCGGCGUCCUGGUUCCCACACUUCCGGACGAACGUGGGGCUUCCGGAACCCUGUUCAACCCUACGGUGGUAAGUGGCGUCAGGACGAGGACCCCGAUGACUACGACGUCCGCGAUAGGUGGCGGGGACGGGGGCGGGGGUGGGUCUACGACGACGAGGACGAGGGGUACGAGGUCGACGACGAGGAGUUCUACCCUCCGAGGAGGGUGACGAGGCCCAGGAAGAACAGACACGAGGCCAGGCGGCACAGGGUCGAGGUCGAGGACGAGGGCGAGGAGUACUACGAGUACGACGACGAGUACGAGGACGAUUACGGGGACUACGACGUCCAGGAGACCGAACCUCGGCCACCGUCCAGACACGGGGGGAGGAAACACGAGCAGCGGGGGAGGAAGGGGUCGAAACCGCUCCUGACCCAAGAGGAGGACGAUGUCAACGAGGUUGAGAACCGCGACGAGGACGAGGACGAUCUAUGGGGCGAGAACGACGACGAGGAUUACGACGAGACCGUCGACGAGUCCUCGGAGUCCGGCGAGGAGGACUCCUCUACCAUCAAGGCCAUCGACGAGGUUAUCAGGUCACUCAAGGCCAAGCCUCCUCCGACGACACCGAGGUCCAUGACACGACGGGAUUACAGGAACGUCGAGACGGAGAGGUACGGAGAGGUGACGAGGGGACGGUCGCAUCCUCGUCCGUAUUCCCGGCCCUAUAACCGCGAGGCCGUGAAACCGAGUCCCAGACAGCCGCACAGGACGUCGCAUAAAAGAACGCCGAGUAAUUCGGGCGGGUACUUUGGCACAUCUACGACGACGAUGUCGACCCUGCCAAAGUACACCAACGAGUUGUCGGCUCCGAUGAAGAAUUCGUCCUUCGGCAAGGUGUCCAAGGUUAAGAAUAAGGCUUCCGGUGCCACGGGUCGGACCACGGAACAUCCCGAUAUCCAUCCGAGGACCAAGAACGUUGAACAGGACUAUGAGGAGUACGAGAAUGACGGGAGCGACGAUAAACCCGAGGACGUCGAUGACCCUGACGUUGAAGCCGAGCCGGAGGAAAACGACGACGAUAAGAAAUGGCCCUCUGAGAAGGAUCAGGAUUACGCUGAUGAGGAAAUCGAGGAUGAAGCCGAAAGGCCAACGCUACCACCUUCGACCACCACCUCAACUCUGCCUCCAACGACGACUACGACGACAACCACGACGACAACCACGACACCGAGUCCGCCACCCGUGUAUACACGUCCCUCUGAUCAUCGCCAGUCGAGAUUAUUCGACGCUCGGAAUCGGUCAAGUGGAUUGACGAACAUCCAGACCACCUCGACCGAGUACCCGCCAAUGAGCAACUACAGUGCCUACAAGUGGGACACCCUGGGCUCGAGGAAAGCUGUCAUCGAGAGUCGACGGACGCCGAACAGACUCAGCAACCCCGACAUCUCGAAGGCCAUCGACCAUGUUCGAAUGAUGACUAAAGAGGGCACCUGCCGACUGCCUCGUCCAAGGGUCGUCUCCGUGCGUGACGUCUAUCCGAGUCCCUCGAAGACCUACAGGCCCCACUGCACUAUGCUUCACAGAUGCGCCGACGACACGGGAUGCUGCACCUCCGACACGACCUGCGUGCCAAAACACGUCGACACCAUCGAGCUCUCAUUCUACGCUUCGGUGAUAGGAGGACGUACGCAGGUGGAAAAACUCAAGUUCGAAAAUCACACCGAGUGCGAAUGCCGAUCCAGGAGUGAUCCGAGAUUAAGAGACACGGGACAAAAACCUCCUUCGAAUAUACAAAAGUCAAAAAAAUCAUGCAAGUGCCCUUCGCAUUUUGCACCGAAGAUAACGCCCGAGGGUGAAUGCGAAUGCAAUUGUCCGGAUAAUCGGAUGGACUGCGUACGAAUCAGACGAGGAAAGGAAUAUUUCUCGGUACAAGAUCGAUGGUGCAUUCAAAACGACAUAUGCUCGUUGCCGCCCUGCGAUUUCGGGGAGUACAUGAGAAAGCAGGGACGAUGUCCCCAUAAAACGGAGAAAUUCUUCCAACCGAAUUACUACAACAAGAGACACACCGAUAAUGGAUACCGAAGUCAUUGAUGCCGAUAUAAACGCCUGAAAGGCUUCUGAAAGGGAAUAAGAAAUGGAAGUGCAAUGGAAGUAAAAAAAUAGAAACAAAGCCGAACUUCAUCCGUGAAUGUGUUUGUCUUAGCGCGUUACAGCCGGCAGUUUGUUACCGUGAAAACAACUGUGCCAAUAGAGUAAAAAAUAAUAAAAAAAAAAAAUAAAAAAUAAAUAAAAAUAAAAAAAUUAAAUAGCGAAAGAAGCGUAACGUGAUUUAUGAUCACGCGAACGAAUUAUGGUGCCAUUAAUU